GCCUCAGUGCCGAAGCGACCUUAAGGUGUAAACAAAUCAAAACACCGGGGCAGACAACUUGUAAUAUUGGUCUUAUUCGCGUAAUUUCAGCAGCAUGGGGGGCGUGCGACGCGUGGUGGUGACGGGGUUGGGCCUGGUCACGCCCUUAGGGGUGGGGGCCCCCCAGACGUGGAAGAAGCUCACCGUGGGCAGGGUGGCCACCGCCGCCCUCACAGACCACAGCUUUGCUCAGGUGCCGUGCCGCGUGGGUGCCAGGGUGCCGCGGGGCGAGGGGGAGGGUCAGCUGCACCUGCCCGCCCACUUCACGCCCAGCCAGCUGCGCACCAUGACGCCCGCCACUGGCUACGCCCUGGUGGCCGCCCGCGAGGCCCUGCAGGACGCCGGGUGGCGCCCCCAGAGCGAGGAGGAGCGGGGCAGGACGGGCGUGGCGGUGGGCAUGGGCAUGGUGGACCUGGAGGACGUGCUGGCCACGGGCGCGGCGCUGCAGGACCGCUACAGCCGCGUCAGCCCGUACUUCGUGCCGCGCAUCCUCACCAACAUGGCGGCGGGCCAGAUCAGCAUGGAGCACGGGCUGGAGGGACCCAACCACAGCGUGUCCACGGCCUGCGCCACGGGGGCCCACGCCGUGGGCGACGCCUUCAGGUUCAUCCGUCACGGCGACGCGGACGUGAUGGUGUGUGGCGGAGCCGAGGCGUGCAUCAACCCCCUGGCGCUGGCCGGGUUCUGCCGCCUGCGCGCCCUGGCCACCAGCUUCAACGAGGAGCCACAGAAGGCGUCGCGGCCCUUCGACGCGCGGCGGGAGGGCUUCGUGAUGGGCGAGGGCGCGGGCGUGCUGGUUCUGGAGGAGCUGGGCCACGCCCGGGCCCGCGGCGCUACAGUGUACGCCGAGGUGCUGGGCUACGGGACCACAGGGGACGCCCACCACUACACAGCGCCGCGCGAGGACGGGAGGGGCGCCGUGCGGGCCAUGCGGGCGGCCAUGGCGGAGGCUGGCGUGUCGCCGGCAGAGGUGGGCUACAUCAACGCCCACGCUACUUCCACGCCGCUUGGGGACGCCGUGGAGGCGGCGGCCAUCCAGGAGGUGUUCGGGGACCACGCGGCCACCCUGGGCGUGUCCUCGGUGAAGGGGGCCCUGGGCCACCUGCUGGGGGCGGCGGGGGCGGUGGAGGCCGCGGUGACGGUGAUCGCCUGCCACGCCGGGUACCUUCCGCCCACCGCCAACCUGGACAGCCCGGACCCCGCCAUCGGCCUGGACCUGGUGCGGGGGCGCGGGCGCGCCUGGAUCACCGACACGCCCAAGCGGGUCGCCCUCACAAACUCCUUCGGGUUCGGUGGCACCAACGCCUGUCUGUGUGUGGAGGCCUGUGACUGAGGUGUGUGUAUGAGUGUGUGUGUGUGUGUGUGUGUGUUUCAUGAGGAUAUCUGUGUACAUUUGUAUAUAUCGUGUGCAAAGAUAUUAAGUGGUGUGUGUGGCCGCAGCCACUCCGCUACCUGUGCUUCGGUCUGCCGUUGGCUUACGGUGCUGAAGGGUUUUGUCAAGUUUUCUUCACUUCAUUUUCCUGCAUGAUUCCUCUGUUAGAAGUAGCCUAACCUUGGGGUUGUUUAUAUACUAUUGUGUGUGGUUGAUUUGUUAAAAAAUAAAGUAGACAAUUUAUGGUAUCACAGUAAUCGAGACAACCUAUGCAGCCCAAAAUUAUACAACUCAGGACAUCUAUCAAUCUACCUAUAUAGAUCGAUAGAUAGACAUAGAUGUAGAUACACUCACACAGCCCUACCCAAAAAUCGGUGCUUUGAGCUCUGUGCUCUUCCGUAGGGGAACGGCUGGCUGUCUCGAGAGAGACCCGCAGCAGACCAAGAGGUGAAUUACACACACAUAAAAUUCUCCUUAGAUCAAGUAUUAUCUCAAUAUUUAAGAGGGAAUUUUUUUAUUAUUAUUUUACUAAUCUACUAAGUUAACUUAAUUAAUAUUUUUUAUUUUCUUUUGUAAUCUUUGGGUCACUACAAUGCACACUUAUUUCAUGUAAUUUUGUGUUAACAUAAUUAUAUGUUCAUGCAUCUACAAUCAUAUGCUCAUGCAUCCACAAAAUCUAGUAUUUAGAUAAUGUCUGUCAUGGAGCUUCCGCUCGACAGACCGUUGCUUAAUCUAGGAUGUUUUUUGUUUUAAUAUAUGUAUAUAUGAUAUUUUGAGAGCAAUAAAUAUUUACUCACUUUA